ACCAGGGCCAGCCCCUGUUCCGGGUCCCCAUUUCCCUUACUCCAUCCCUCAGCCCCUUGUCCACCAUCUACCAUGGGUGAGAGUCACCAGGGCUGGAGCCCAGUGCUAGGGCAGAGCGGGCAUACUCCCCAGGCCUUGAUUCCUGCUCAUCACUGAUGGGGCAGAGUUCCUAAGAUCCUUUUAGGGUGUUCUCCUUAAGGCCUGGCCUGGAUGCUACUUUUGGACCUGAAUAAGGUUCUUUUUUUUUUUUUAUUGAUUUGGGAGAGAGAGAAGUAUUUUGUCGUUCCACUUAUUUAUGCAUUAAUUGGUUGAUUGUUGUAUGUGCCCAACUGGGGAUGGGAACCACAACCUUGGUGUACUGGCGACGCUCUAACCAACUGAGAAAGGUUGAGUGUUCAUUCUGGGUUGGCUGCUGGCACCAUAGGUGGGAGACCAUGAAUGCCCUUACAUUUACAGUCCAGGUUUCCAUUGAUAGGAGGGGAGAAGGCUGGGUCUUUGAUAACAAGCCACCUGUCGCUUGCUGAGCACUUAGCAUGGUCCACGCUGGGUUGGUUGCGUCACCAGCUGACCAUCAGGUAGCUCUAUUAUCUCCAUUUGACAGAUGAGGCAGCAGAGCUGAGUGAGAGGUAAGCUGGUGCCAGUUUGCACCCAGAGCCCCUCAGCUACCUCUCCUGGCCAGGGUGCCAGAUGACCGGACUGCCAUGGAGGGCCCAGGCAGGCUCUAUGGUCACAACCUGAUGACUGUUGAGGUUACGGACAGGGUGUCCCUGGGAGAGGCCCCCCUUCUGCUGAGGAAGCAGCUUUUCCAGUCAAACAAUAGCGGUUGUUCUUGGCAGGCCACCAGGCGAGGCUGGGCUAUGGAGGGAGGAGUAGCGCCUCCCUCGGAGCUUUCAGGCACCUCGGGGCUUUAGUCUGGAACAUCUUGUUCUGGUACAGCUGGGUAUACUGAGGCCUGGGGAGGUCAAGGGUCACAUGAGCCUGUCAGGGCAGGCCAUCACUUCCUGCUUCCCAACCCUCACACCUGUGGUUUUCCCACCCGCUCUGCCCCAUUGGUGAGAAGAGGGGUUCAGCCUUUGAGGUCAGUCCCCUCCCCCUGACCCUCUAGGGGACAGGCCAGGAUGUGGUGGCUGCACAGUGUUCCACAGGAACCCACUGAGCCAGAGUCCAGGGAGGGGAGGCACUGCGCCACUUCCAUCCGCCUACAGUGGAGGCUCCCAAGCAGGCAGGAGGCCUGUGGAGGCCUGCUGGGUCCCAGUCAGGCCUGAGGCCUGCUUUAACCUGCUUGGUUCCAAGCCUCAGAUCUGAGGCCCCAAGGUGCUUGAGCCAGACAAGGGCCUCCCAAAGCAUGCUUAGUCCUGCUACUGGGCCAGCCUGGGUGGGCUGAUGCCUGCUCAGCCUUGGGGUCUGAGACCCGAGGAGCCUAAGCAGAACCCAGUCCUAAUGUCAAAAUGAGCCCAAGUGGGUCCUAACAAGCCUCAGAUCUGGGGCAUCUGCCAGUGCUGGGGGCCUCCUUGGGCACAAAGCAAGUUUAGAUACGCUCAGGCUGGGGGUUUCGUCUAAUGGCUGCUGGCUUAGGGAGGCUCAGCAAGGCUCAAGCCUCAGGUCUGAGAACACUACCCAGGGAGCCCCAGAUGCCUGGGCCCGUCCUCGGAAGUCUGAGCCUUGGGCAUUACUGGCCUCGGUCUUGAGGGGCCUCCUUCCCCCUGGCUGCCUUCAGCACCCUACCCAGCAGUAGGACAGAGGUGGGUGGGGCCCUGAAUAUCUCUGCGACCCUGGUGGGGAGACGGAUCCCACGAGAGGAAGGAGGAAGAAAGGUGCCAGGAUACUUUGUUGGGAGAGAAUCGUAGGGUUCCUGGGGCUGCAGAGUAGACCCUCCCCCUCCACGCUUCAGGGUUUUGGAGGCAGCGCCUCAAUGACAAUCAUAAGACCCGCAUGAGGGCCUGAAGGACAGAAAGGACCCCACGUUUCCUGCAAGCUUCGCAACCAGGAGCCACCGCAUCUUGCAGAAAGGGUGGCGCUCCGAGAAGAGGCGCGGCCUGGGCGGGGUCUGAAGGACGACGGGGCGGGGUCAGCUGGCGAUCCUUAAGCCAAUGUUAACGGGGUGGAGGCGGGGCUCUGUUGGUAGAAGGGGGCGUGGCCUCCUCUGAUAGGCCGCGCUCCUCGCAGGGCGUAGCCGGCGCGGCGCCGGGCUGGGCGGGUCUUAGGCCUGGUGGCCGGCGUGGACUGGCGUGAGCAGCGGCUCCUUUAAGCCCCCGGCCCCGCCCCCCGCCCCGUCCUCGGCGUGGCCCGGGUCUGGCCGCGGAGGGGUCGGGUGCGCGGGACCGCGAUGGAGCUGCACAUCCUAGAGCACCGCGUGCGGGUGCUGAGCCUCGCCCGCUCCGGCCUCUGGCUCUACACCCACCCGCUCAUCAAGCUGCUCUUCCUGCCCCGCCGAAGCCGGUGCAAGUUCUUCAGCCUGACGGAGACUCCCGAGGAUUACACGCUCAUGGUGGACGAGGAAGGCUUCAAAGAGCUGCCCCCGUCGGAGUUCCUGCAAGUGGCCGAGGCCACCUGGCUGGUGCUGAGCGUGUCGUCCCACAGCGGAGCAGCGGUGCAAGCGGCGGGGGUCACGAAGAUUGCCCGCUCGGUCAUCGCGCCGCUGGCCGAGCACCACGUGUCUGUGCUGAUGCUGUCCACCUACCAGACGGACUUCAUCCUGGUGCGGGAGCAGGACCUGCCCGUGGUGAUCCACACGCUGGCCCAGGAGUUCGACAUUUACCGAGAGGUGGGCGGGGAGCCUGUGCCUGUUGCCAGGGACGAUUCCAGCAAUGGCUGUCCCCGUGCUCAGCAUGGGCCCAACCCCACGGUGCAUCCUAUCCAAAGUCCACAGAACCGCUUUUGUGUCCUCACGCUGGACCCCGAAACACUGCCCGCCAUCGCCACCACCCUCAUCGACGUCCUCUUCUACUCCCACAGUGCCCCCAAAGAGGCAGCCCCUGGCGAGCCUGGACCCAGCUCCAUCACGUUCUUUGCCUUCUCCCUCAUCGAGGGCUACAUCUCCAUCGUCAUGGAUGCGGAGACACAGAAAAAGUUCCCCAGUGACCUGCUGCUGACCAGCUCCUCGGGGGAGCUGUGGAGGAUGGUGCGCAUCGGAGGACAGCCCCUGGGCUUCGAUGAAUGUGGGAUCGUGGCCCAGAUCGCGGGUCCCCUGGCCGCGGCCGACAUCUCUGCCUACUACAUCAGCACCUUCAACUUCGACCACGCCCUGGUGCCUGAGGACGGCAUCGACAGCGUCAUCGAAGUCCUCCAGCGGCGGCAGGAGGGCCUGGGCUCCUGAGGCCACGGGGGAGCCGCAGCCCCUGCGCUCGCCCCUCACCCCCAGGCUUCCAGAGACUUCUUUAAGCUAUUUCCCCAAGCUCUGGGUGAGCCCACUUCCCGCUCCUUCCUCCCCCACUCAUGCAGGGGGACCCCCCUACUCUGUAUAAGCUGCGUGCAGGCACCGGCUCUCACGUGGACGCGCGUGUCUGCCCACACCGGGAACACGGUGCUCUGGGCUUCCACCGGGAAGCCCUCAACCCAUCACUCCCCACCCAGCCUCGGCGUUUGCACAUUCCCUGCCUGAGGCUGAGCCACUCCCCUCAGCACCCGGCCGGCUGCUCCCUGGACAGGGCCCUCGUCUCCGUUCUGCGUCUGGUCGGGUUGCCUUCCCCGACCAGCUGGGUUCUGACAGUGCCUUCCCCUCAGGGGGCCUUCGAGAAAAGUAUUUUUACGUCUCUCUGCUCUUUUUUUUUUUUUUUUUUUUUUUUUUACCAACUUGUUAAUAAAGGGCUUGUAGUGUCCAGGCUGGGCUGUGGUCUUUGGGGUUGUCUGACCCCACCUGGGCCCCACUGCCUGCGGUGCUGGUUCCCCGUGUACCAUCCCAUUGUCGAUGCGGAACCGGAGCUUCAGGAAGUGAAGUGACCUAGCCAGGGUCACACGAUUCCCACCCAGGGCCGCCUGGCCCUGAAGUCUGGGCUCUUUCUUCAUUCCUUGCUGCUCCCAGAAUAGCCCAGAAGGUCCUGAACGCAGGUAGAAACUCCCAGACCUCCUGCCUGGGGACCCCCAGCUUUCCCUCCACCACGGGCAGGGCUGACCAGUGGUGACACCCCACAGAGGGCCCAGGAACCCCUUUUCCUCUGGGCUGCUGCCUGCUUGCUGUUGGGCCAUGCCCGCGUCUGCCUGUCCUUUACAGGAGGCCCUCUGGCCAGGAGAUCUUCAGUUCCUGCCCCCAGGGCUCUCUUGGCACCGAGUGGGGAG